GGUUGUGCCUUCAUCGAAUGAAGACUUUCUAGUGCCCGUAGAAAUUAGUGCUCGGAAGUGGCCUCCCUCGCGUUGUGUAGUUUUUUAGUGUAAUCAUUUUGUUCCUCUGUGUAUAGCAGCUAGUAGAAUGAGUUCCCGUCCUUUCGUGGCUCAGUUUCCUCGAAGUCCCCAGUAUGACGAUGAGAUUCUGAUACGCGGAAAACUUAAAAAUAAUGCCAGAACGUUUUCUGUCAACUUCUGUCUGCCUCGACCCGACCAGGUACCCGCCGAGCAAACACCUCCGCACAUUGCCUAUCACUUUAAGACCAUCUUUCACGACGACGGCAGCAGUGCCGUGAUUCACAAUUGGAAAAAUAUUGUUUGGCAGGCCGAGGACGUUGUGGAGAACUACUGGUUAUUCGACCGUAAUGAAAAAUUUACGCUUAUCUUUCGAUUCCAUGAGGAGGUUUUUAAAGUAUUCGCGGAAGAUACGCAGCACACACCGGAGUACGAAUUUGCCCAUCAGCUUCCAUUAAAUAUGGUUCAAUCGAUUGAACUGUGGGAUGAUAUCGAGUACGUGGAGGAGAUAGCCUUCAAGUAUAAGAAUCCGGGAGGUGACUAAACAAUUGGUAGCCGGUACAGAGCAGCAAUUUUGCGAUUGUUUACACUUUGAACACGGAAUUGUUUUAACGGGCAGCAUACGCGGCCAAAACCGAGGCAGCGUUUAGCACGUCUUCUAGUCAUUUGAAAAACCAUGAUAUCAUACAGUAUCGACUGCUUCAUCAAGUACCUAUCUAAUAUAACCAAUAUAACGAAAACGAAAUAAGCAGCAUUUCUACAAACUAAGAAAAAGUGUAGCUGUACCGCUACCUGUCGCACCUGCCUUGUUACAGUAUGCCUCGUCAAUCGAAUUUUACCGCGCAAACAAGCACAAUACGCUUUUAUCAAUGGUCUAUCAUCAGUAUGAGAAGUUUUGUGUGAAUAAAAGUAUUUGAAGAAACGGUUGCUGUA